UUUCUCUUUCGGUUUUUAGCCUACAAAACGUCAAAGCUACAUCUUAAAGAAGUUCAAAAUUUUUAUUAUAGAAUAUCGGCAUUAAAAAAGUCUAAAGUUUCAGACCUCAAAAAAACGGCUUGCCUCCGAAAUGGAAGAGCCUGCAAAUUCAAAAUAUGCGUUCCAAUCGAGGCUAGAAAGAAUAUUCAUCGAGGAUGCCGUGUCGAGCUGCGACGACUUCCCCAGACCACGCGGGUCCAGGAAAGCAGCCAAGUUUCAGCGGGACAGAGUGGAACCAGCUGAAGAUGGUGACAAUGUCCCUAGAGAAAGAAGGGUCAAGCGCCCGGAACGGAAAAAUAAACUUAAAAUAACCAAGAGCAGGAAGCGUCCUUCCACCAAAGUCACUGCGAGAAAGCGUGCUGCAAGCGCCAAUAAAGCUCAACAACCGAAGGCCACUGGCAUCCCAGAGCCCAGUGUGAAACGGUCUACAAGUCUACGGUCUGAGAUCUACAAGGAGCCCUUCUGGUGGAACUUGUUCGGCACGAAGCAGAUGGAAAAGGAAGCAAAGUCCAGCGAAAUGUCAACCCAAACUAAAUUAACGAGCCGGUAUCUCAAGAAGAAUAUGUGAUGGCGAAGAGCUGUCUCGACACGUUCGGUCUUUCGACAAAUUUUAAAAUGAAGGUGCUGCCACCGGAACAUUGAGAAAAGACGGUCGGGGGUGGCUCUUAAAUGUUCUAUUUAAACUUAUUUAUAAAUGUCUGAAGCCAUUGCACGCUUAUCUUGGCCAAAGGAUUGCCAUUUUGAUUUCUACUUAUACACCAUGCAGGAUGCAUGUGCAGUAUGUGAAUAAAUUUUUGACUCCAGA